AUGCAAGGAGAGAAAACGACUUUGCUGAGUGGUCGGAGUACUGAGGACGAUCAAAGCCCUAGCUCCAACGUGGUCAAGAUCGUCCUCUUUACCCUGACUGGCGCCAUCAUUGCCUUCUUUGGAGCAAUCGCCCUCGUCGGGGCAGUUCGAGUAUAUCGCCAUCCAGAACGAUACAUUCCGCAAAAUACAGCUGGCCAGUCGAUGAGAAAUCGAGCAAAAGGAAUCACUCGCGCCAUCCUAGACACAAUUCCUAUUGUCCGAUUUACCGAGAAAACGAAUACUGAACUUGAGUCAGUUGAGCUGGGGAAUGCGAAAAUAGCCAAUCAAAUCCACGAAGAUGUCGCAGGUCAAACGCCCAAAUACAGUGGUGACGACUCAGGCAGUGCUACCCUGACAGAAUUGAAUGGUGCUCCUGUCCUCGAUGGAGAAAGAGGUCUGAGGUGCUCAAUCUGCACAGAGGAUUUCAGCAUUGGAGAACAGGUCCGACUUCUGCCAUGUUCUCACAAAUACCAUCCUGCAUGCAUUGAUCCCUGGUUGCUGAAUGGUUUCGACUUCCCACAGAGCAUCGGGCGUGCAGCAGUCAAGGUACAUCGUGAAGGCCCUAUGCUGAGCAUCACCGUCGACAUGUGUAAAGGAUGGGCUCUCCUGUUGUGGUCCACGCUGGCUUCUGUGCUCGUCGCCGACCCAACAUUUACCGGCUUUCCUCCAUGUGAUGCCUUGAUCGCUGCGGGCCUGGGCGACAGGUUGAUUCGUGUAGGGACCGAGGCUUACGAACAACACCUGGAAAGUUAUUUCUGUGCCAACGGACGUCUACACCCUUACUGCUUUGUACUGCCACAGACCACAGAGGAGGUUGCGACCACUGUCAAAGCGCUAGCCAGUAAUGGCUCCGGAUCAGGGAGUUGGCACAUCGCCGUACGAAGUGGAGGACACCAUCUCCCAGCCACCAACAACAUUGAGGAUGGGGUUACCAUCGAUCUCAGCCUGAUGAACGGGGCCAAGUACAAUGCCACAACUAACAUUGCAAGUGUCCAGCCAGGUGGUAGAUGGAAAGACGUCUACUCGACUCUCCUCAACAAUGGCAAUGUGACGGUGGUCGGUGGGCGUGAUGGAAACGUCGGGGUGGGUGGGUUCCUCCUCGGUGGCGGCAUGUCGUAUUAUACGCCGCGUUAUGGCUUGGCCGUCAACACGGUUGCUGGGUUCCAAGUCGUGCUCGCAGAUGGGAGCAUCGUGGAAGCGACAGCCACAGAGAACGCGGACCUCUGGAAAGCCCUCCGAGGGGGUGGGCUCAAUUUCGGCAUCGUCACCCGUUUCGACAUGGAAGCCAUGCCGGCAGUUGAUCUGGUGUCAGGCACCUCCAUGAUUACAGCUGACCAUUUCGACGAAGCAGCGGACGCCUUCGUUGAUUUCACAAACCAGAUGGAGCACCAUCGGGACGACACCAUGCUCAUCAUCCAUACCCAUGACUCAUCUAUAUGGGAUGGUCCGUUCAUCCUCCCUCUGCGAGUCAAUACGAAGGGUGAUCUGAGCACCACAGCCUUCGACAAGGUCACUCAAAUACCUUCCGUGGCGCAAACCUGGGAGCAAAAAUCGCUUGCUGCUGCUGCCAACGGGGUCCAGGCUGCUUAUGGAACGAAGAAUGCAUACAUGACUUUGACUUUUGUCAACGAGCCGUCGGUCGUGCGCAAGGCAUUCUCUUUACAUGACCAGCUGGCCUCUAAUAUUGCAAAGAGGGUCGGGUCUGAAAACUUUAUGGCAUCGUCGGUUCUCCAGCCUUUUCCUACCUAUCUGAGCGAUCUUGGUCUUCGCAACGGCAGCGUGAGCCACAAGGCUGGAUCCGAGAACGGUACAAUGCCACUGGACCUUACCUUCUCGUCUGGACACCAAGCUCAUCUCGGCCUCCACCACGAGAUCAUGAGCAACGUGCUCGGAAUCGAACGGAACGGAGUCAACGCCGUCGUGUGGACUGUCUUCGUCGCCAUCAAAAACGGCCAGGACGCGGCCCUGUCGGUGGCCAGAUCAGAGCUGAUGCUCAUGACCCGUGAGAUGAAGCGAUUCCACACCUCGGACGGCAAGGCCGCGACAGUGGAUUACCUGUACGCAAACUACGCCGACAUGACCCAGGAUCCCUUGGGGAGUUACGGCCCGGAAAACGUAGCUUUCAUGAAAGAAGUGGCGCGAAAGUACGAUCCCGAGGUGUUCUGGCAGAAGAGGGUACCGGGCGGGUUCAAGAUCUCGAGAGUGGCCGGAUAA